AUGUCUCGCGUGGAUCCUUCCCAAUCAACGAGUGACUGUGCAUCACCUGUAUCACAGCGACCUUCAACAUGUCAAGCACGUAUUGAAGGGUGUAAAUUACCGCUCAAAGGCGAGCAGAAAGCAUCGAAUACACGGUCCAUUUCGCGAAAAAGCUUUUUACCUCCGCUAACAAUGAAACCCCAAAAUAAUCAAACUGCUUCGGGCAAUGAAAUUUCAGAUAGCGAUACGUAUCGACAAAAGAUGUGGGCGGGUCAAGCUAAUAUUUUAGUCACUGUACGCUUACGUCCUGUAUUAAGUCAUGAUCGAGAUCGUACGGAGAUUGUCCAAGUUUUUGAAAAUAGAGAAGUUGUGGUUUCGAAGACAAGUGCAAGAUUUUCUGCACGUCGUAAUUCGAUUCAACACGCUAAACCACGAUACGCUUCUGCUUCUUCUGCUCAAUUCUACGAUCUGUUUCGACGUGAGAAACGCUAUGCAUUUGAUUACGUCUUUGAUCCGCAUGAUAGUCAACAAAAGGUGUAUGAACAUACUACAAAGUUCUUGAUCCAUGGGAUCUUGAAUGGAUUUAAUGCAACUGUUUUUGCUUAUGGAUGUACUGGAGCUGGAAAGACAUAUACGAUGCUUGGGACGCAGAAUGAACCUGGUAUUAUGGCGAGAACAUUACAAGAUUUGUUUCAAAGUAUCGAGCGUGUUCAAAACCAUUCAGCAGGACGAAUUCGGUACCGUGUCACUGUCUCUUUUCUUGAAAUUUACAAUGAAAAUAUACGCGAUUUGCUUUCGGCAGGUUCCUCUUGCUCUUCUGCAGCUAAUAUCCCAAGUUCUGAAUUCUUGGAUUUACGUGAAGAUCCAAUACAAGGGAUUAUUGUUGCUGGAUUAAUGGAAGUCGAAGCGAAUAAUGCACGCGAUGUGAUGAAGCUGUUACGCAGAGGUAAUAGAUAUCGAUCACAAGAGAGUACGGCUGCGAAUGCCGUCUCGUCGCGAUCCCAUGCUGUGCUUCAAGUGCAUAUUGAACAAGAAGAGAGUGGUAGUGGUGACAAUAAUAUUGAGGUAAAAGUUGGAAAAUUAUCGCUGGUGGAUCUUGCAGGAAGCGAACGAGCUGCUGUGACUCAGAAUCGAGGCAAGAGAUUACUCGAAGGCGCGAAUAUCAAUCGUUCUCUACUAGCAUUGGGAAAUUGUAUAAAUGCGCUGGGUGAAAAGGGGGGAUCGUUUGUACCGUAUCGAGACAGUAAGCUCACGAGAUUGUUGAAAGACUCACUUGGUGGCAAUUGUCGGACGGUUAUGAUUGCCAACGUAAGUCUAACAGUGUCGAGUGUAGAAGAAACGCUGAAUACGCUCAAGUAUGCCAACCGAGCCAAAAAUAUCAAAACAACACUUAAACGAAAUAUUGUCGAAAGUGAUCCUACUUCCAAUCAAGCCCAGAUCGUGGCUUCACUUCGAGGCGAGAUCGCUACGUUGAAACAUGCGCUUUCUCGACAAGAACAAGUGGACAUCAGUCGCAAUUCGCCAGUCAAAUCAAUGUUACGCUGGACUCAAAACAAAAAAUCGACUGAUGUGCAUUUCGAUAAUACUAUAGAAGAGACUUUGGUCAGAACGAAACUGUGUGAAGCUCGCCAAUAUAUUACAGAAUCUUUUCAGCAACGUCGAAUAUUGCGCUUAGCUCUGUUGAGAUCAGAGCAUCAGAUUCGGCAUUGCAAUGCUAGUUUAAUGAACAAUGAAUCUCAAGUUCAAGAGAAUACGAAAAUAUUGUUGAAUGAUAGCACAACAAUGUCGCCAACUUCGUCUUCGAUACUGAAAGCAGUAGAAACGAAAUCUAGCAACAAGAAAAUUGAUCUAGGGGAAGAGACUUUAAGGCAGCAAUUGGCGAGAAACGAACGAGCUUUAGAAGAUUUUCGUCGACAGAUUGAACAAAGUCCGUUGCUCGAACGUCAUAAAUUGGUCCGUGAGGUUUUGUUGAUGGAAUAUCGAAUUGGAAACCUGGAAAUGGAUAAAAUGCAGCUUGAAAUACUACGAAAUGUUGAGAUGAACGUGAAAACAGACAUCGAUUCUGAUCAAAGUAUUGAGCCUCUUGACAUCACAUUGAUUGCAAAUAAUGAGCUCAAACCUCCUGACUUUGACUUACCGCGUCGCAAGGACGACAGCAAACGACUGCAUCUGCCACUAAUUAAACCAAACAAAGUUGUCAAUAAUGGAAGAGGAAAGUUCUUGGAUGAGCUACGAGAACACAUCAAUCCAUUAAAAUGUUCUCGUCCUCGUGAUAAACAUGAACCUGCACACACAACUGCUGUCUCUCUUUCAAUAAACAGCAAACCAUGGGGACUAUAUUUAAACAAUGCGUCUCUUUCUCGAAUUCGGUUAAAGAAAAAGAAGCCUGUGCCAUUGUAUAUUGAAUCCGCGAAAUCCGAAAGUGUAGUGGAUGUCGUUGCUUUUAGCAAGACACCGUCGAUACAUACAGCACCUUAUCUUCAAUCCCUCAAGAAUCGACAUAAAGCAUCUCAAGUACACAGACAAUUGAAGAAGAACAGGAUCUACGUAAAAUAA